AUGACACCGACCAACUACCCAGUCCCUAACGGAACGCUGCCAUUUUGGAGAACUGAUCCUCAUCUUUUGGAUAACCAUCGAUCAAGCGAGACCCUUCCUCAGGAGAGUGACAUUGUCAUUAUUGGCGCAGGAUACGCAGGAUCUUCAGUUGCAUAUCACAUUCUCAGCCAAACAGAACCGGGCUCUAAACCACCGUCAAUCACGAUCUUAGAAGCGCGACAGGCUUGCUCUGGUGCAACAGCUCGUAAUGGAGGGCACAUGAAGCCUGACCUUUACAACUUCAUAUCUACCUUGGAGAAUGAUUACGGAGUAGCUGCGGCAGCCGAGGUGGCCGCAUUUGAGGCCAGGCAUGUUCAUGAAAUCAAAGAGGUCAUUGAAAAGGAAGCAAUUGACUGCGACUACGAAGUAACGAAAACAGUGGAUGCGCAGUUCAGCGAAGAGCAUUUUGAUAAGCUCAAGACUGGUAUAAGCCAUCUCAUCGCUGGCGGAUGCAAACCCACGGAAAAGGUCCAAAUUAUUGAAACCGAAGAGGCGCAGUCGUUCUCAGGCGUCAAAGGUACCGUAGGCUGUUUCGUUUCCGAUGCAGGUCAUAUCUGGGCGUAUAAAUUCGUUCUUCAUAUUCUUGAGAAGGUCGUUUCACUCGGCGUGAAUAUGCAGACCAAUACACCAGCUCUGAAGGUGUCCAAGUCAGCCACCCCAAGUGUCAGCCACCCAUGGGAGGUGGAAACGACACGCGGCUCCAUUUCAGCCAAGGUGGUGGUACUGGCAACAAAUGCUUACACCUCUGGGAUCGCUCCACAGUAUCAAGACAUCAUUGUCCCAGUCCGAGGCACUUGCAGUCGGAUUGUCGUUCCCCCAGGAUCUAACGCUCAUCGCCUGACCAAAACAUACAUUCUGCGAUUCAAUUCCAGUGAAUAUGACUAUCUGAUCCCACGAGCGGACGGCAGUAUUAUUGUCGGAGGAGCCAGGUCGUCCUUCUUUUCAGACAAGAAGAGUUGGUACGACGUCAGUGAUGAUAGUAAGGUUUUGGAGGCGGCAAUUCGGUAUUUUGAUGGAUAUAUGCAACGCUACUUUGUUGGAUGGGAGAACAGUAAUGCUUAUACGGAUAGAGUAUGGACGGGCAUAAUGGGGAAUUCGUCUGAUGGCCUGCCUCACGUUGGCGAAGUUCCUGAACAAGAAGGGCAAUACAUAAUUGCGGGAUUUACAGGACAUGGAAUGCCCCAAAUAUUCUUCGCAGCAGAGGGCCUAGCUAAGAUGAUUGUCGGUGGAACGAGCUUUGAAGAGACUGGACUGCCACGGUUGUUCAAAACAACCUCAUCCCGUAUUGGCCUGAGGCAGGAAGCCAAGGCCUGA